GCAUUAUGGGACCUUUGAUCCAAGAUGUCCGCUUCCAAACAAUCCUCGUGCUUCUCACCUGCCUGCCCGUUCCAAAUAACGCCGCCUUCAACCUCGUCGUCCCUUCGGAGCCUGUGAUUGGUUUUGAGGGCGAUGACAUCAUCCUUCCCUGUCGCCUGUCUCCCCAAAACAGCGCAGCUCACAUGCGGGUCACAUGGUUCAGGCAGGGGCAGUUUGAUUCCCCCCUGUAUGGGAUUGACAACGGGAGGGUGACUGUGAGACAGGACUACCUGGGCAGAGUGAACAUGUCCACCCAGGGGCUGGAGAAGGGCGAUGUGUCUCUGGGGCUGAAGGGAGUCCUGCUGGCUGACAGAGGAGAGUACAGGUGCCAGGUCUUCUACCAGGAUUGGAUUAAGGAACAAGUUGUCAACGUCCAGAUUAAAAGGAGGGGAAGUGUCCCUAAGAUCUCCAUAGCAACACGCAACAAAACCUUCAUCCAGCUGAGCUGCAGCUCUGAAUUCUGGUACCCUGAACCUCACAUGCUGUGGCUGGACCACCUUGGAAAGGAAGUGACAUCAGCACAGACGGAGGAAGCGAGACAGUCUCGUGACCUGUUCUCCAUCAGCAGUCGAGUCAAACUGGGGAAGGAGCGACUCCAGGGCAUCUCGUGUGUGGCGAUGUCACAUGACAGGAAGUCCAGGCUGGAGUCUGCUAUGAAGGUGACGGAGGGGUUUUACCUCGGUAGCGUGGAGGACCGCGGCUACGUCUACGCCAGUCUGAUUCCCUUCUUCCUGACCCUGGUGUCCAUCUCGGCGUCCACUGUCUACACCCUCUUUCAGGGACAACAUGUUAAGAAAAGACUUAAUAGUUUGGAUGACACACAAACAGAGAUAGAUAAAGCCGAAAAAGAAAGACGUGACUAUUUUAACAGUAUAAAGAAAAAUGAAGAGUUGUUUGAAAUCACUGGCAAAAUCCCUGACUCUGUUUGGAACUUAAUGGUGGAGUGCGCAGAGGAGGUGACGUUUGACCCUGACACGGCACAUAACUGCCUGCACGUAUCAGAAGAGCACACAUCUAUCAAGUGUGGACAGGUCGGUACAGGACAAUGUACAAACCAAAGGUUUGGAAAGGUUCAGUGUGUCUUGGGAAGGACAGGGUACGCUUCAGGUAGACAUUACUGGGCGGUUGAUCUGGGGAACAACAGUCAGUGGAGUGUGGGAGUCGCCCAAGACCCUGAGAACAGGGGGUCGGAUAUCUCCAUCCGCCCAGACAACGGCUACUGGAGUAUCUGUGUAAAGGGAGGAAUGCUGCAGACUGUUGAGGAAUCACCUACUGUUCUGCCUUCAGAACUGACGCCUGCUACUCUGGGAGUGUUUCUGGACAUUGAGAGUCAGAGAGUCACUUUCUUCAACGUGAAGAAGAGGUGUCACAUCCACUCCUUCUCUUUCUCUGAGAGAUCUACCAAGGAACUGUUUCCUUUCUUUGGACCUUUGACUGGGUGUAAAGAGGAGCUCAGAAUUACCCCCACCCACUCAAGCUUAGAGUGAACGAUGAGAUAUUAUUGGGUAGAUGGGUCUCAUAAAAAUCAGAUUUAUUGUAUAAAAAGCCUUUUAAGCAAUGCGAAUUGUCAAGCACAGGUAUAAACAAAGUAGAGUUUCAAGUUUGGUAUGAUAGCACCACAGUAGUUUUCUUACAGUGACUUAAGUCUAUGCCAAACACAAUUGGUUUCAAGAUCAGAUUAAUCAAUUUACAAUACAUCAUUGCACAUUUUGGAUAAUACAAAUAUUAAAUCAUGUAAGAUUUUGUUUUCAAACAAUGUUAAAUUUGUAUUUGAAUGGGCUUUAUGUUUUAAUUUGUAAGUAAGUCUAUCUGAACAUAUUAUAGACUAUAAUAGCAAUGAAAACAAUGUAAAAACAAUGAUAAUACAUGCAAUGUAAAUGAUGUCCCUCAAUUCUCAUAAAACUGAUGACAAACAUGUGAA